AUGCGAUUUUUCGCUGCUAUCGCUAUUGCAGCCUUUGCGGCCGGCUCUACUGCCGCAAGCUGUCCCUACGCAAAGCGUGCUGCUGCUGCCACCGCCUCGCCAGAUGCGCAUGCUCCUAAGCUGUCUAAGCGGGGGACAAUUGAGGGCAAGAAGGGUGUCUUUUACAUGAACCGCAUCGGACCCUCGGGCUCACAGUUGUGGAUCGCCAACGCGGAUGGCAGCAAUAAGACUCAGCUGAUGGGCAACCAGACCAAUGCUUUCGACUACCAUCCCUCCUGGUCGCAAGACGGGGAGUGGAUUGUCUUCACAAGCGAGCGCCGUGGACCGGGCCAGUCGGAUUUGUACCGCGUGCGGACGGAUGGAACAAGGCUGGAGACCCUCGUUGACACAGACUCUGUCGAAGACGCGGGUUCCCUAUCGCCAGAUGGCACCCAGGUCGCGUAUGUGUCAACCAAGGGUAACCACACCACCAACAUCUGGGUCAAGGACCUGAAGACCGGUCUGGCACGCAACCUGACCGACACUGCUGCCACACGCAGCAGCAAUAUCUGGCCCUCUGGACACUUCCGCCCCUCUUGGUCCCCUGACGGAGAGUGGAUCGCCUUCAGCUCUGACCGUGACACUGACUGGACUGGCCACAGUGAUGGUACUGGCUGGGAGCACACUCAGAACCUAGGUUUGUAUGUGAUUCGCAAGGAUGGCCGUGGCUUCCGUCAGCUAGCCUUCCAGGUUGGGUACGCGCUGGGAACUCCCCAUUGGUCUAGCGAUGGAAAGCGUGUCAUCUACAACAACAUCACCAGGGAGAACACCUACUAUGCUCACGGUGUCUCCGAAGAACAGGAGGCCGUUGAAUCCCAGAUCUAUAGCGUCGAUUUCGCUACUGGCAAGAACAUCGUCGCACAUACAUCUGGCAGUUAUCCUAAGUUUGGCCAGCACUACAUUGGUAAAUCUAGCAAUGUUGGCUACCUGAUCAAGGCCGGAAGUUACGAGGGAAUCCACUACACCAAGCCUGAUUCUACUCACAAAACCUUCAACCUGACUAACCUUCGUGACCCCUGGUGGUCGCCUGACGGAUCCAAGAUCGUGUAUGCUGUUCCUAACUGGACUCAGCAGGCCGCUGACUUGGAGCUGUGGAGCUAUGACAGCGAGUGGGCCUAUCGCUACAUGGACGUUUUCCCUAUGCACAACCUCGCUGUAAACCGCAUUGCAACCACUCAGAAGGUGUUAGGUGGCGCAAACGGCUCACUGGUGACAUCUAGCCCUUCAUACAAGGACCUUGUCACAGCGCUGAACUCUUACUCUAUCUACUCAAUUCGCAAUUCCACUGAAGUGGAGUGGCUCCUAGAAGGCCAGUCGGGCGCUUUCCAGCCCACGUGGAACCCCGACGGCACUGAGCUCCUUGUCGGUUUCGGCGGCUGGUUCGCCGACCGUACUGACGUCCCCGGCGCUAUUAUACACGCAAUGGCCGAUGGCAGUUCCUUCACUAACCUGACCGGCUGGUCCGAGAACGCAGGCUUCCCCUCCUGGUCUCCUGAUGGGACGGCUUACGUUUACCGUAUGUGGAGUAUGGACACAGGCGCACCUGGCGGUCUACAUAUCCACAACUUCACCACUGGCAAGACUCACCGUCUCACCCUCGGCUGGGACAACACCCCCGGGUGGUCCCCCGACGGCGAGCGCAUCGUAUUCACCCGAAACAAUAACUGGACGGUUUCUUACGGCAACCGCUGGUAUGAGGACCGCUUCGACAUCUACACUAUUCGCCCCGAUGGAUCUGAAUUGACCCGCUUGACGGACAGUCUGUCCAACGACGCUCACGCUGUCUGGUCCCACGACGGCCGCAUCAUGUGGAGCACCGGUAUGUACGGCUUUAAGGAUGAGAGCUCUCUCUUCGACAAUACCUUCCAGCCCUACGGCCAGAUCAUGAUUAUGAACUACAACGGCACCAACAAGACGCUGCUCACUGAUACCAUUUGGGAAGAUUCAAUGCCGCUCUACAUGCCCAAUGAGUGGCUCGAGUAG